GUGUGAUUGUUUAGACCACUUUAGACUUAGAGGCUAGUUUUCUUUUAAUUUAAGAUGUUUUACAAUGGUUAUUUUAUAAGUGAAAAGUAUAUUCAAAAGUGAUAAAAUGAUGCGAUUUGGCCGCAACUUACCCAUGUUAAAAUCGUCAAAUAGAUAUGUUUGUAGCACAACUAGAAUUGUGGAAAAACCGAACUUAUCAUUACCCGCUUAUAAGCCGGAAUUUGUCGAAAAACGUAAAUAUGAUGAAUGGGAAAAGAAAGGAAUCUUUGUGGCAGACUCUCAGAGUGAUAAACCUGCCUUUAGUUUAGUGCUACCACCGCCUAAUGUUACAGGAAAACUUCAUUUAGGUCAUGCUUUAUCAUGUACAAUCCAAGAUGUGAUUGUCAGAAGAAAGAGAUCAAUGGGUGUAAAUGUGUUAUGGGUACCAGGCACAGACCAUGCUGGCAUAGCUACUCAGGGUGUAGUAGAAAAGUACCUGAAAACCACACAAAACAUCAACCGCCACGACAUAGGCCGCGAAGAAUUUAUCAAAAAAGUGUGGCAAUGGAAGGAGGAACAUGGCAACACCAUAUGCCAUCAACUAAGAAUACUUGGCAGUUCUCUAGACUGGUCUAGAGAAUUAUUUACUAUGGACAAAAACCAUACUUAUGCUGUGAACAGUGCAUUUAUUGAGCUAUUCAAAAAAGGAUUGAUUUAUAGAAAGAAAGCUCUAGUCAAUUGGUGUAAUGCCUUGAACUCUACUGUAUCAGACAUUGAAGUUGAUAAUUUGAGUAUAAACAGUCCAACGGAAAUUAAGUUGCCAGGUUACGACAAACCGGUGAAUUUUGGAUUAAUAUACGACUUUUCAUACAAAAUACUUGGGAGCGAUGAAGAGAUUGUGGUUUCCACAACCAUGCCUGAAACUAUGUUGGGUGAUACCGCUAUCGCUGUGCAUCCUGAUGAUAACAGGUAUAAACAUUUGCGAGGCAAAAAGAUACUCCAUCCAUUCAGAAAUACCGGAAUCCCAAUUAUUUUUGACAAUUUCGUCGAUAUGUCAUUUGGUACGGGCGCUGUAAAAAUUACACCCGCCCACAGCAAAGUCGAUUAUGAAGUUGCAAAAAAACAUAAUCUACCACUCCUGCAAGUUAUAAGUGAAAAUGGCUUGAUAAUAAAUUCUGGAAUUUUUAAUAACAUGAAAAAAUAUGACUGCAGAGAAAAGUUACUCCAAGAAAUGAAUGAUUUGGGUAUUCUCAAAAGCGUAAAACCACAUCAAAUGACUUUACCUAUAUGUAGUAGAACGGGAGACGUUAUUGAAUACUUACCAAAAGAACAAUGGUUUCUGUCGUGUAGCAAACUCAACAAAAGAGCAGCUCAAGUCGUUUCAGAUAAACAGCUAGUAAUAGAACCAGACAAGUUUACUAAAAACUGGCUAAAUUGGACUAGCGAUGAUAGAGAUUGGUGUAUAUCCAGACAGCUAUGGUGGGGACACCAAAUACCAGCGUACAAAUGCUGCGCGAAUAAGAAUUUAAUUUGGAUCGCUGCAAUGGAUGAAAAUUCUGCUAAAAUCGAAGCCUCUAAGAUCCUUAGAACUUUGCCAGAACACAUAAUAGCUGAACGGGAUAGAGAUGUUCUUGAUACUUGGUUUUCUUCAGGGAUUUAUCCGUUUGCAAGCUUAGGUUGGCCUGAACGACACAACGAUACUUACAAAAGAUUUUAUCCCUUAAGCUUGAUGGUGACUGGGCAUGAUAUUCUAGGGUUUUGGGUGCAUAGAAUGGUUAUUUUAGGUCUGGAAUUAACCGGGCAGUUACCAUUUAAUAAAGUAUUGUUGCAUGGAAUCAUAUGCGACAGUAAAGGAGCGAAAAUGUCCAAAAGCAGAGGAAAUGUUAUAGACCCGAUUGAUGUUAUAAAUGGUAUUACACUAGAUGGUUUGAAAACCAAAGCUUUGAAUAUGCAUAAUGAUGGAAUAUUGAGUAAAAGUGAAUUAGACAAAGCCAUUGCUUAUCAUAAAUCUAAUUUCUCAACAACAAACGGCAUACCAGAAUGUGGGGUAGACGCAUUAAGAUUCACGCUUCUAUCCCAAGAUAUCAAAUCGCAUUUCGUUAAUUUCGACGUCUACCAAUGCCAUGCGAACAAAUUGUUUUGCAACAAAAUCUGGCAAAGUAUCAAAUACAUGCAAAUUUCUUACGCCAAACUAAAAAAUAUCAAUGAUGAAAUAACUAUCGAAGAUCUAACUCAUUUCGAUAAAUGGAUUUUGAGUAGAUUAUCUAAUAUGGUUGAAAAAGUUAAUACGUCUAUGGAUGCUUAUGAAUUCCAUAUAGCGACGAAAUCUUUAAGAACUUUGAUAUACAAUGAAUUUUGUGACGUUUACUUGGAAGCUACGAAACCAGGUUUUGAUAGUGAUAAACCAAAAAUAGGUUAUGCUCACGCGCACACUUUAUCAGCAGUUUUGAAUGUGUCCUUGCGAUGUCUCGCCCCAUUUAUGGUAUACCUUACAGAUGAACUAAUUCCGAAAAUACCCGCACUGGAAAAAAACAUUAUACACAAUUUUACCGACAUUGAAAACGAUUAUUACAACUUCCCAAAAACCGAAGAUUUUGAAGCUUGGCAAAACGAUGAUUUAGAAAUGAAAAUUAACAAAAUACUUAAUACUAUCUACCUUAUACGGGAAUUAAAAGGUUUAUACGAUAUGCCUAAUAAACUGAAACCUUUAGUUUUUGUUAAAACGACUAAUGAAUCAUUGGUAGACGAUAUUGAAAAUAACAUGAACAUUGUACUCAAUCUAUCCAAAAGUGCAGCUGUCAUAUUUAAUAAGGAACCAAAUAAAAACUGCGCGAACGCUAUUUUAGACCAAGAUACAGAAAUAAGCGUCGAAAUUAUAAGCAACAAUAUGGAAGAUACAAUUUUAUCAGCCAGAAAAAAAUUGCAAAAGAAGAUAAAGAAAUUAGAGCAAAGUCUAAUGCAGUUCGAAAAUAAAAUAUGCAGUGUUCAUUAUAUGAAUAGUGUACCAGAAACGACACAAAUUUUAGACAGAGAAAAACUAUAUGUAAAGAAAGAAGAACUAAGAAGAUUGCAAAGACUGAUUUAGGUUAAGAGUCAGACUGCUUAUACUCUAUCCACGGAAAGAAGUUAAUAUUCUCUCUGUCACGUAAUCCCAUACAAAUGAUAGAGACAAAAAUCUGAGUGGGCGUUAACCAUUUUGAGUCAUCAACCAAUCACCAACGUGCACGAGCCCGAUUCGCAUUUGACCGGUUUUUUUAUAUUAUGACCAGAGAGUAUUUAUUUAAAAUAAUGUUUCUGUCACACAUGCAAAAAUCUAUUGUGUUAAGGAGCAUGCGACAGGUCUGCCCGCGAAAUUCAAAUUUAAUUUGGUUUUUCGCAAUUUGUAAACUAAUACGACAACGUAGGCUUAUUGCAUUUUAGUCAGUCGAUACUAGAGCUAAUUU